AGUUUUUACGUCAUCACUGUGUCCAAGGGAAAUUACGGUUAGAGUUAGCUAGGUACUGGCAGAGUACAGCUAGAGGCAAAUUAACAUUUAAAUUAUAACUAGCUAUCCGACCUUCGAAAUCAUCUUUAUAGACUCACGAACGAACCUUAAAGUAGUACCAACAUGAGUAGCUCAGAGGAAGUGUCGUGGAUCUCCUGGUUCUGUGGACUGAGGGGGAAUGAGUUCUUCUGUGAAGUUGAUGAGGACUACAUCCAGGACAAGUUCAAUCUGACAGGACUCAAUGAGCAAGUGCCCCAUUAUCGGCAGGCUCUGGACAUGAUCCUGGACCUAGAACCUGACGAGGAGCUUGAGGAUAACCCAAAUCAGAGCGACCUGAUUGAGCAGGCAGCGGAGAUGCUCUAUGGCCUGAUCCACGCACGCUACAUUCUCACAAACAGAGGCAUUGCUCAGAUGUUGGAGAAGUACCAGCAGGGAGACUUUGGGUACUGUCCCCGAGUUUACUGUGAGAACCAACCUAUGCUCCCCAUUGGGUUGUCGGACAUCCCAGGAGAAGCCAUGGUGAAGCUGUAUUGCCCAAAGUGCAUGGAUGUCUACACACCCAAGUCCUCCCGACAUCACCACACUGACGGGGCCUACUUUGGAACUGGCUUCCCUCACAUGCUUUUCAUGGUGCACCCCGAGUAUCGGCCCAAACGGCCUGCUAACCAGUUUGUGCCCAGGCUCUAUGGUUUCAAGAUCCACCCCAUGGCAUAUCAGCUUCAGCUGCAGGCAGCCUCCAGCUUCAAGAGCCCCGUCAAGGCAAUUCGCUAAGACCUCCAGAAGGGAUGGGAUUGGGUUGGAUUUCGGGGGCAGGGGUGGGGCAGGUGUGGGACGUGUACUGAGCUAUAUAUUGAUACCUACUUAAAUGGAGGAGAGCAGACUAUAUGUAUUAGAUUAUGUAGACUAAGAAAGUCAUGUACAGAAAUUAAUGCACACAGAUACAGUCACCAAGCAAUUCCUCUCUCUCUUUAUCAAGUAGAAUCGUCUGCGUGUAUGGAAAUGACACAGAAACAGCAUGGUGUAGGGAAUGAAGCCUGUUAUGCACCGUACUUCAUUAGUUGGUUUAUUACUCUUUUCUUUAAAAUGGUGCCUUCAAUCUCUUGACUGCACCCUUAAUUGAACCAAGCAAUUUCCCCCUGUGAGCUUUGAAGUAUUAUUUGUUGAUGAGGGAAUAGCUGUGGUUUUUGAUGGAGAGAAGGUAGGCUAGCACACGUUUUAUGUUUAUUUAAAAGGUAAGUGGAAAUAUCACGAAAAAAGUUCAAACAUAUUUCCAAACAAAAGCACAGUUUUGGUUCAUUUAAGUACUGGGCAUGGGAAUUAAAAUCUUUUGGAUGAAAAUCUGCUCUACUGCCUAUGGAGAAUUGUGGAAAUGUCACUGAAUUAUGGCCCUGUUUUAAUAAAAGCUGUGUGCAGAUUGUGACUUCGACUACACUCUACUGUGUUUGUGCCUCCACAGCAGGAACGUGUUCCUGUACACUGUUGCAUACUCAAGUGUGUGUAGUUGCUGUUCAGCUUUUUUUAGUUGGGCUAUUGAUGUAAUGUAUAUCAGAGGAUAUCAAAUUGGGUAAUCUUUCAUUUUAAUGCAGUGUGUAAGUUCAUAGUUCAUUGACAACCUGUAAUUCUGUCUCGUUUAAAUUUUUUGAGAAUGGACUGCUAUGUAAGGCUUCAUUUUGUUAGCACUAUGCUAAAUUGGUCAUUAUAAUUUUUUCCCAGUGUAACUGAAACCAGGAUUCUGAAUUCACAAUAAAGUUUUUCAUUUCUUAGUUUUA